CAGGAUCACUGAGCUGCUGAGCGGAGAGGUUCCUAUAAGGUGUCAGGAUGUCGCUGUCUAUUUCUCCAUGGAGGAGUGGGAGUAUUUAGAAGAACACAAGGAUCUGUACAAGGACGUCAUGAUGGAGAAUCCCCAGUCCCUCACGUCACCGGGUAAAGACAGGAUAAUCGAUGCCCAUGGACAUCUCCAUUUAUCUCCCUAUCAUGAAGCAGAAGAUUACAAUUCCACACAAGCUAAUUCAAUAACUCCUAAUGUACCCUCAGUCCUUCACAGUGAAUAUCUAUCUACCGAUACUGCUGAUCACAAGAAACCGUCAUCUAAUCUAUCACUGAUUGGCAGAACAAGAACUAAACAGAAACGUGGUAAAAUAUUUCCAUGUGAGAAAGAGUUAAAAAAGGAAUCUAAUCUUUCUUUGCAUGAGAGAAAUCACAGAGAUAAAAUUUCAUUUUCAUACUCAGAAUGUGGAAAAUCUUCUACCAGUCAAUUCAUUCUAGUUGGACAUCAGAGAAUUCACAUAGGAGAGAAGCCAUAUUCAUGCUCAGAAUGUGGGAAAUGUUUUGCCAAUAACAUAGCUCUUCUUAAUCAUCAGAUUUCACAAUCUUCAGUGGAAUCGUCCUUUCAGGUCUUUGGUGUACUUUAUGAGGAACCUGAUAGGGCGACUGUGGCAAAAUCUCAGUUGAAGUCUCUUACUCAGGGGGACAGACCAGUAGAGGAGUACUGUACCCAAUUCCCCAAGUGGUGUGUUCCCUCUGGCUGGAAUGAGCCAGGACUCAAGUGUCAGUUUAGAUCGGGGCUCUCUGAAAGUCUCAAAGACAUGUUGGUCAGCUAUACCUGUUCUGACACCUUAGAGCAGACUAUGACCCUAGCUGUUAGACUGGACCAACGCAUCAGAGAAAGGCAGCAGGAACAUCUGUUCUUUCCACAGGCGGUUGGCAAACCAGACUCCUUACCUAUAGGAGUUAAGGUGGAAAAUCAUCUUGAAGAACCCAUGCAAUUCGGGAUGACCAGAAGAGAUCAACGACGCCAAAGGCGUACAUGCUUCUACUGUGGAGACUCUGACUACAGGGUAUGA